GCCGCCGGAAGUUGCUGCGCAUUUCUUGGCACCUGGACUGGUAGUGGCAGGAGAGCCGAGCAGUUAUGGCCCAGUCUGAGCCGGACGCCGCCUCCGACGACGCCAUGGACUCGUUCCUGGAAAAGUUCCGGAGCCAGCCUUACAGCGGAGGCUUCCACCGGGACCAGUGGGAGGAGGAAUUUGAAAAGAUCCCCCUAUUUAUGAAGAAAGCGCCAUCAGAAAUUGAUCCUAAAGAGAAUCCUGACUUGGCUUGUCUCCAGUCAAUUAUUUUUGAUGAUGAGCGAUCUCCAGAAGAACAGGCCAAGACCUAUAAAGAUGAGGGCAAUGAUUACUUUAAAGAAAAAGACUAUAAAAAAGCUGUGAUUUCGUACACUGAAGGACUAAAGAAGAAAUGUGCAGACCUUGAUUUGAAUGCUGUCCUUUAUACCAACAGGGCAGCAGCACAGUACUAUCUGGGCAAUUUUCGUUCUGCUCUCAAUGAUGUGACAGCUGCCAGAAAGCUAAAACCCUGCCACCUCAAAGCAAUAGUAAGAGGUGCCUUAUGCCAUCUGGAACUGAAAAACUUUGCUGUGGCAGUGAACUGGUGUGAUGAGGGCCUGCAGAUAGAUGCCAAAGAGAAGAAGCUUCUGGAAGUGAGGGCUAAAGCAGACAAGCUGAAGCGAACUGAACAGAGGGAUAUAAGGAAAGCAAAGUUGAAAGAAAAGAAGGAGCAGAAUCAGAAUAAUACUUUACUUCAGGCCAUCAAGGCAAGGAACAUCAGACUGGUCCCUGAAGCUGCUGGUGAAGAUGAAGAUUCAGACUCAGAAGGUCUAGGUGAGCUUUUCCUGGAUGGGCUCAGCUCUGAGAACCCCUACGGAGCCAGGCUGGGUAUGGAUGACCAAGGCAGACUAAGCUGGCCUGUGCUUUUCCUGUAUCCGGAGUAUGCACAGUCAGACUUCAUCUCUGCUUUUCAUGAGGACUCCAGGUUUAUGGAUCACUUAAUGGUGAUGUUUGGUGAAACGCCCUCUUGGGACCUAGAACAGAAAUACUGCCCUGAUAAUUUAGAGGUCUACUUUGAGGAUGAAGACACGGCAGAAUUAUAUCGGGUGCCUCCCAAGAACACCUUGCUGCAGGUGCUGCAGCACCCCAGGUGCUGUGUCAAAGCCCUGACACCUGCAUUUUUGGUCUGUGUAGGAUCUUCCCCCUUUUGCAAGAAUUACCUCCAGGGGAGAAAGGUACACCAGGUAAAGUGACUGAGCCAGGUCGUGGGAACCAGGGCCCCUGGAACUCCCCCCUCACUCACCUUUACCCAGAUCCAGUACACUUCAGCCAGCUGGACACGGCCAGGAGGGGCUGCUGACUUCCCUGAAGAGUGGAUUCUGAGCAACCUGCUGAGCUCCAGCUGGUCCUUCCUCCCCUCCGAGGCACAAAAUUCUGUGCCUUGGGCUCCCUGCAUCUAUGUUAACCCCCAGCCUCCAGCUCUGCAGUUUGCACAGCAGCUGACCUAUGUACUCGCUUGCCUGUGGACACUGAUUCAGGAUCCAGUGACGUGUUCCAUAUAUUCGUGGAGUUAAGACGCUUUGGAGAAGCUACCCCUAUAGUGCACAUAUAAACAUUACCUGCCUGUAAUUUAAGGCAUUAAAGCUGAGUCACUGGCCAGAGUCAUGAGUAUAGAAAGUGCUGUGUAGGGGGUGCUGUAGGCGCCUGGGGUGAGACUAGACCAGCAAAGCUUGGCCCUUUCUCUGCAUUUAUAAAAACCAUACAAACUGGGAUCCUCUUGAAUGCUUAAAAAAAUUGCCACAUUUCAUGAUCUUUACAGUAUGGAGAACUUGCCAGGGGUCUCUGAGUUUUCUCCAGUUUUCACAUUUUAGGAAUUUGUGCCUUUUAAACUGGAAAAUCUUUAUACAUGUUGGGUCAUGGUAUUUUUGUCUGCAGCUUUUUGCUCUCCCUUCUUAGAGGGUUUAUAUGCCCUUAGCCAUACUCAUAUGACGACUUACAUUCCUCCCCAUUCCCCAGAGAGGAAUGUCCUUCCCUGCUUAGGAUGCAGAGGAAUGUGAGUGGGUAUGUCCAGAUGGGGGCUGGAGAAGCCACUGAGUGGUAGGCUCCUGCUCUUUUCCCCGUGCCAUGGUAACAUAAUCUCCCCCACCACCCCGAGAACAUAUUUCUCAAAUAUAGGCUGUUCCUUCAGCCUGGGUGCCAGAAUGUAAGACACGUGGAGCAGAGCUGAAGCAGCUGGCCUGCUGCCAUUGAUUGUAACAUGAAUGGGAAAUAAAUGUUUGUUGUAGUAAUAAGCGCUGAGAUUUGGGGGUUGUUUGUUACUAUAGCAAAGCUAACUAAUACAUCAUUAAACUGAAAACAGCUGCUGUCCUUAAGAUGGACUAAUUUAGGGUUUGCGUUGUGCGCUUCAUUGUCUUUGAAGGACAAUUUGCUGUGACAUAUUUACAAAGAACCGUGCAGCUUUCUUCCCAGGUGCAGGUUCCUACGUGUGGCUGGAGGCUUAAGUCCAGCCUCCAUCCUGAGCCUGUCCACACCAAGGCCUGUCCCUCUCACCUGGAGACUCUGUAGGAGCUCCACGCUGUAUGUCAGAGGCCUGACAGCAACAACCCAUUGGGCACUGCAGGUUCCCUACAGCAGCCACCACACAUCAGGCUAAACAGAUUCCAGCAUGCUGCCUUACUCACCUACAAAGCAGACUGGUUACCCUGCCCUCUUCCCAGACCCUAAGAUGGGGAGAAGACACUGGAUAAGAGCAAGUUAUACAUUUAAAAGUGCAUGUACCUGAGAAUGGUGGUUAUGUGACCUUCAUCCUCACCCUGCAGCCCUUUCAUAGGGACCUGACAGACCAGGUUAUCAGCCAGCUUCUGCUCUUCUACUUUCUCUUCAUUUCCUGUCACCUCCAGCUAGGGCAGGAGUGGAAAGGAAGGAAAAGGGUCUCAGAAUGGCAGACGGUUAGAUUAGGGCUAGGACCCUGGUGGCUGCUGACUUGCUGUGGUUGUGAGGGAGGGACUGACUCGUACUGUAACACUACUCACUGCACCCAUCUUGUGAACUGCGUUUACUGCAGUUCUGUGUAGAUACCACACGCAAAGUCUUCAGUCCAGUGCCUGGCACCUAACUAUUCAAUAACUAGCUCUUAACCAAAUUAUAUCAAGUCACAUCUAUGGAGACCAGUGCCAGCAGACCAGUGAUUCUUAACCGGGGCAGUUUUGUCCCCCAAGGGACAUAUGGCACCAUAAAGACUUGCCACAACUUGGUGGGAUGCUAUUGGCAUCUAGUGGGUAGAUGCCAGGGAUGCUGCUAAACAUCGUAGAGUGUGCGAGAAAGCCCUCACAGGAAAGAAUGAUCUGACCCAAACUGUCAACAAUGCUGAGUUUGGGGAAUGCUGCACUAAAUCCAAAAAAAUAAAAACAUUUAUUUAGACACAGCCUGUUUGUUGAAGCAUUUACAGUAACAAAGCAAAGGAGUCUUGAAUGGGCCUAUUUCAGAGGUAGUAUGUGUGAAGGUACAGGGGGAUGAAGAAAAUAAGCUUUUUUGGCUGAUUCUAUGGGAAGGGCCCUGAAGGUUAACCUUUGAAAAAGAUUUUUGCUUGUAAAUGCCUGUAAAGGUGUGUGCCAAUCUCCUUCUCCUUUCAAUGGAAAAGGCAGAAGUUAAAAUUGCAUGCUAUAUGAUGAACUUCCCUUUUUCCCACAUCACACGCCCGCCCCUCCCCAAACUCCUCCUCUGCCUUAGCUGUUUAACUUGGCUUUGGAAGCCACAUGGGCAAGUUAGUCAUGGUGGGGCUCUCUGAUAUGUACAGGAGGUAUACCUGUUAUUUAACUUUGGGGCUUUUCCAUUACCAGCCUAUCUAAUGCUUAUUUCCCAGCUUCAAAGAACCCAGAAAUACAGCAUGAUUUUCUUUGUUCCCCAACACAGUCCUGGCUCAGCAGUAACAGCUGCCAUCUGUUGAGCACUUAGGAUGUAUUAGACAGCAGUCUAGGUGCUUUAUUAGCUCACUUAAUCCUCCCAGUACCUCUAGAGGUACUGACAAGUGGCACUGAGAGGAUGCCCACAGUUAGCAAGCCAGUGAAAAGCAGAGGCAGACCUUGCAUUUCACCUCCCCUGAGCUUUCAGGAGAUAAUACCGGUAAAAAGACUGAGCCCCUGCCUUUCAGGAGUUGGCGAUAGACCCAGCGGCCCUUCCUGCUCACUCUGAGAUUAUUGUCAAGUCUUGCACUCAUCUUCAUGCAUUGUCCCCAACCUGUCUGCCUGGGUAGAAGAAUCCAGUCUGCAGAAACCCCUGCUAGAGCCCACCGCACCUGACACACUGCCAGUGGGUGGGCCUGGGCAACAAGUUCUGCUGACAAGUGGGGUGCGCUGUUACCAUUAACUGGUAAGUGCUGCCUCCUCACUCCUGGCCCUAAUGUUUAAUUAGCCAAGAGCAACUAAGCUUUAAAUUAGCAGCUUUGAGAGUUGCUGGCUAAAGAGUAGUGAACACCACCCCUGCACCGAGGUGCUACCUGACCACGGAGACCCAGAGAUGCCAGCACAUUCUGCAGAUCCACAUACACUACCUACCCACCUACUGUGUGCAAAGCACAGGGGCUACUUACCAAGAACAUGCUGGGAGCCAGACACUGCUGUCCCCAUUUUACCCAUGAGGAAACUGUGAGGUCUCCUGCACAUACAUGGUCAGAAAGCUAUUAAGUUGCCCAGGCGGUCUGACUAUAGAGUGUCUCUUCUGGAUCACCAUGAUGAAGUCAUUUUUAAAAUUAAGUAUCCUGUUUCUGUUUCAGAUGCUCCCUAAGUAGUAUCAUGAAAAUAUUUCUUUUCCCAUUUUCCACAUUACAGAAAACAAACAAAAAAAUCAGUUUCCUAACUAUGAAAUAAAGCCUAUGUGCCCUUUGACACAGAAUAAUCCAUCCUAAAAAACAUUCUGCCUUCUUGAUGUUGAAAUGGAUGUGGACAUGCCAAGAGGCCUGGCACUCAAGUAGUUAAAAGAAAUAACAAUUUCAACAGAUUUCUGCAAAGCUCCUUCCCUGAUAACCCAGCAGGUGUUUCUUCCAUUAAAACACAGAAUAUUAAUGGAGCUCUUGAUUUACAUUCUAAGCUUGAGUUACACAAUGGGUUUGUUAUGCACCCGCCUUUGUCCCCAAGUAUUAAUUCUGCUAAAUAUUUCUCAGUUAGUUGCUUCUAGAUCUCCCCAAGGAAUGAGCAAUGAUAAUACAGCCUGUACCUAUUAUUUUGCCAGCAUCCCCACUUCAUCAAUUUACAGCAAGAGGUAACACUAGCAAGUUCAGGAAGGAGAGAGUAAGGUUUGAGUGUUUGUCUUUCCUCUUAGGAGAUGGAGCCAGGCAAAGGCAGUACUUAGUUCUUACUCAUGGCGUGCCCCAGGAAGGUUAUAAUACAUCUUACCAAGAAAAUUAAGAUCCAGAUCUGAAGAUAAUAGCGGAAGCUGAGCUCCCAAUGGGGGGAACUCCUGCUGGAGGAAAAUGUUUCCUAAGUGCAUACUGAGGGUUAAACAUUGCAUGUAAGCAAGCACAGACAGGCAGCCCUGGCACUGAGGAAGAAUCUGAGCCCACACAGGGCAAGUCCUUUGUUUAAGGUCACAUUCCCGUGAGUAGUUGAUCUAGGAUUAUGUCUCUCCAAGAUUCUGAUCCUUUCCACCAAAUUAUACUAUGCCUGGCCACUAGAAGAAACACUGGUUUAGUCAUCCAGGCAUCUAAGUUUCCAUUCAGCUUGACCUUGGGCAGAUACAAUACUCCCAGGAUUUGUCUUCCUUGGAAAAUAGAGGUCAGGUACCGGCUUUAAAUAUAUAGGGCUUUGGGCCUCCCCGGUGGCGCAGCGGUUGAGCGCUGGGUUGCAAAGCUGCCCGCGGCCUCUGUGGUGCCGGUUGGAUCCCUGGCUGCUCCCUGACCACUGGAGGAGGGUCCCACACCACAUGGCGCGCAGACCUCUCCUGCCGCCCGCUGCUCCCCUC